GUAGUAAACUCAUUGGCUUGACAAUGCCAUGUGAGCACGCUUACCCCGCACGUACAUGUAUCGCGUUUUCAAGUGUUGUACGCAUGGAGAUCUGAGGUAACAAGGCGACGCGAAUUUGCGAACGUGAGAUCGUGGUGGGAAGUGUCAGUUUUCUCUAAACAGUCGAGUCGAUUACAGAGAGCUUCCCGCUGUGAAUCCGUGGUCACUCAUGUGCAGUUUGUCUCAGACGAGGCCUCAACGGCCACCUUCCCAGAGAUGAGACCGUUCUGUCUUCUCGGAGGAGAGAGGCGGUGCUACCGGGGCGGCGACGCGAUGGCCGGUGUGGUGUUGGUAGCCGCGGUGGUGCAGUUGAUGCUUGCAACUUCCGGUGUUGUGGCAGUUUCAUUUUACGGCACCAGUCAUGUCUACCUGCCGCUCUCUGAGUCAUCAGCAAAAACUAGUAUCCACUUGGUCCUCAAGACUAGCCGGUCCAAGGGCCUUCUCCUCCUGGCCUCUGGCGACACUGACUACUGCAUCAUUCAGCUGAGGUCGGGGGUCAUUGAGGCCCGGGUGAACCUGGGUGAGGGAGAGCUUAUGGUGCGCUCUCUGCCCAAGGAGAAGCUGAAUGACCUGAACUGGCACAGCGUGAGUCUGGAGCUGGCUGGGGGUUGGUUGGAGCUGUACAUUGAUGGCGUGCUACACCGCGAGGAGCGGACCCUGGGCCGGGCCGAUACCCUCAACAUCCAGGACGGGAUCUAUGUGGGGGGCAUGGGUAUGCGGAAAGCCAGCUACUUGAAAUCGGCCGACCGCUUCUUCCGGGGGUGCAUCGAGAACAUCACCUACAAUGACAUCUUGGUGUUCAACGCCACUGCAGCCAACAAGAGGAGCAUUGUGAAUGACAUCACAUGGGAUUGUAGUGAGGAGUUUGAGGCAGCGGCAGACUCACCCAUCAGCUUUGUCAAAGAGACAGCAUUUGUCCUGUACCCACGAUGGCAAUUAGACACUCAAGGUUCAUUCGCCUGCUGGUUGAAGACAUCAUCCCCCCUGGGACUCCUCAUGUUCAGUAGUGGAUUGAAGACACAAUUUUUAUCAGCUGAGGUUGUGGAUGGCAGAAUACGUGUCCUGAUGGAUCGAGGGAAUGGCAUGGUGGACUUCACAUCUCAAGUCAUCAUAAAUGAUGCAAAUUGGCACUGGAUAAAGAUUGAUGUAGCGCCAGCCAAUCUGAGGAUCAGCAUCGACUACGAGCCAGAAAACAUGAUGCUUAGUGAUACCUCAAGUACACUGGAGUUGACAGGGAUGCUUCAUGUGGGUGGUGUCGUCCAUAAAGCCCGGUCUCAGGCUUUCAAGAGUGACCUCAAGUCAAUAACUCAUGCUAGCAGUGGCGGAUCAUUCCAGGGCUGCUUGAGAGAUAUUGAAGUCAACAAUGAACUGUUCACUCUCGGUGAUUCGCGUGUCACUCACGGCAUUAAGAUUGGCUGCGUGUACCAGUUUCCUUGCUCUAAAGAUCCUUGCUUGUGGACAGAAACGUGCACUGAUGCUGGACCAGAGAGCUUUGUCUGCCAGUGCCUCUCUGUGGAGUGUUUGGAGUCCAAAAUACCAUCCACAGAUCAACCUCUGUUAGAGACGAGCAUCCCCAGCAUAUCAGAGACAGAGCCAGUUUUCCCCAUCAGCAUGGAUACCGAAUUGCCUGAAGAGGCUUUCUCACUGAUGCCUCUCACAGUGGAAGAAGGAGGCCGCAGUGUCAUCUCUACAGAAAACAUUCACUUAAAUCUUAGAUUACGCUCCUACGGCCUCCGAGAAUCUCAGCUUCUGCUCUUGAUUGCAAAGCGUCCUCUGCACGGUCGCAUUGAGAACAGGGUUCUUCGACGGGAUGACGAUUCCAAUGUGUUUACAUUGCUGGACUUGAUGGGGAGUAAGAUCUUCUAUAUUCAUGAUGGCUCGGAAAACUUCUAUGAUGUAUUGACCAUCAAGGUAGAGAUCCUCGGAAGGAACAUUGAAAUUCCUGAAGUGCUUCAAGGUGUUGUGAACUUCACACUGGAGGUAAACAUUAUCCCAGUCAAUGAUGUUCCAAGUAUAUCUCUUGCUGAUGAUGCCACUCUACGAAUGAUAAAAGGCUCUGUCCAGCCAAUACACAGUUCCUUUCUUGAGGCCAUUGACCCUGACAGUGACCCCAGUGAGCUCCUCUUCACCAUAGUCAACCAGCAAGCGAAUGUUGGCUACUUCCAAACGAUCAGCAAUCCAGGAGAAAGUAUUGUCUCCUUCACACAGGAAGACAUCAACAAUGAACAAAUAUCCUACGUGCACACUGGACCCAAUACUAAGUCACGGAUUGUGAUCCGAAUCUUUGACGGUUUGGAGAAGAGCCCACUCUACUCAUUCAGAAUUGAGGUCAUUCCUUUGGAGUUGUCCAUCCUGAAUGUAACAGAGUUGAGGUUGAACCCAGGAUCUGUGAUUCAAAUCACCCCCACGGAGCUACAUGUCGCUACCAACGACCCAGAGGGUCAGUUUACAGUCAGCUACCGAUUAACUGACUCUCUGCGAUAUGGCAGAUUACAGCGAUUGGAACUGCACAACUUUGGGGCAGACAUCUCUGAGUUCACCCAGGCUGAUGUUGCUGAUGGGAUCAUCCAGUAUGCUGCCACUGUCACUGAUAAGCAGAGAAGCAUUUGGAAUGACAGAAUAAGUUUGUCGGCUUCAAGCGAGGACGUCAGCAUCGACAUCAGCCUCCCGGUGAAAAUUGUUGUGACAUCUGUGGAGGUGAUCACCAACACUGGCAUGAUUUUGAACGUAAUAAGACAGGGUGUCAUCACAUCAGAAAACCUUGCCGCUGAAGUGAGACUUCCCAUUACCUCUUUGUCACCCCUGACCUUUACAGUCAUCCGAUCUCCCAGUCGAGGUCAACUGGUCAAGCAGUCCAUGGGCCCAAUUCCAACUGGAGGAUUUUUCACACAGGAUGACAUCAUUGCUGGAAAGGUCGGCUAUGUCCUUGAUCCCUCUGAAGAGGAAGCACUGAAUGAUACAUUCCUUUUCCAAGUGUCAGUUGUAAAUGCACAGAGUUCCGUAGCGUCAUUUAGCAUUGCAUACAUACCAGAUGUCCGACACUUAGAAGUAACCAACAAUGGCUUGACUGUUUCUGAAGGAGGGACUGUCAUUGUCACAACAGAUGAAUUUUUUGUGACUGCAGAUAAUGUCACAAACUUUGUGUACACAAUCACAAAGCCUCCUGAGCAUGGAAGGCUAAUCUUGGCGGAGCCUAGUUCCUUAGAGGUCAGCACUGAUGAUGUCACAAUCUUCCUUAACUUUGACGUGAUGAAUAACUUACUUCGAUACAGGCACGAUGACUCAGAAACUGAGAGCGACAACUUUGAAUAUACAGCAUCUGCAUCAUUCACUGACCUGUCUGGGAGGAAACGGAGUCUCCACCAUGAAGGAGUCGUCAGUAUCAACAUCCUUCCAAAAAAUGAUCACGAGCCUGAGGUGGUUGUCAACCGCCUCUUCAAAGUUGUGAGGAAUGGGAAGACUCCACUCACAGACCAGAACCUUCUUGCUGCAGACGGGGAUGAAGACUUCAAUGAUGACAACCUUGAAUACCGUCGGCAAAACACUGAUGUUGGUGACCUGAUUUAUGCAGGGAAUGAAUCCACUGUCUAUGAGUUCACUCAGAGGGACUUGAAAGAUGGUUUAAUUGCAUUCAGGCAACGAGGGGAUGUCCUUACUGGCCGGAUGCUUUUCUUUGUGCUUGAUGAUGACCGCAGUCGCUACACCUCAGACUUCCUGGAUAUAGAGGCCUCUGAGCCAUUUGUAGGUAUACUGAAUAACUCGGGCCUGCGGAUUUCCCGUGGCUCAUCGGUUGUCCUUACCUCCUGCAACCUCAGUGCUGAAACAAACAUGGGUAUAAAGGACAAGAGGAUCGAGUUCCUGAUAACGUCCCAGCCCUCUCAUGGGCAGCUGCUCUACAGAGGAAGUCCUGCAGUGAUGUUUAAUCAGGAGGGCCUGGAUGCAGGAAGGGUUGUUUAUCACCACGACAACAGCACAGCCAUGAUGGACAGUUUCAAUUUCACAGUCCGUGCAAAGAGCAUGGCAGUAGAAGGAGUUUUCAAUAUCCGGAUAUACCUGACGAGCCACCAAGAGCCUCCUGAAGUGGAACAGCUGAAGCCCCUUGCUGUUGAGCAGGGACAGGCCGUUGUCAUUGAACGUUCCCAUCUGAGAGUCACCCAUCCCAACCAUCUGCCCAUCGAAAUUAUCUUCACUGUUACUCUCUUUCCUAAGUUUGGCAUGCUACAGCUAUCAAAUGAGUUCCUUCCACCUACCAGACGAGGACGGAGAGAAGCUGGAGAACAGUUGAAAACUUUCACCCAGCUGGAUGUCAACCGCAACCGCGUCCGGUAUGUCCAAACUGGACCUGGGAUGGGAUUGGACCAAUUUUCAUUUGAAGUGGACAAUGGAUUUGUCAAAGUGUCCAACCUCACAUUUAUUGUGGAGAUUGUACCGGCUGUAGUCCCCCUUACAGUGGCCGAUUUCUUCCUGCCUGAAGGGGGCUCCAAAGCCAUCACCAGUGACAUCAUCCAAAUUGCACACCCAUACUACCAAAAGCAGGACUUUGACUUUGCCAUUCAGGAGCAACCUGUUCAUGGCUUCCUGGAGACAACUCGCAAUGCUGGUGAACGCCUCAGGAGUUUCAGCACGCGUGACAUCACCAACGAAUUCAUAUAUUUUGUACAUGAUGGUAGUGAUACAGUAAACGACAGUUUCACCAUCAUCGCCAGUUCUUCAGACACUGGCAAAUCCAGCCAUCCAUAUACAAUUAACAUUACAGUCACCCCAGUAAAUGAUCAGAGACCAGAAGUGACUGCCAACGAAGGCCUGACCAUUUUCAUUGGGACACAGGCUAAAUUGACCACAGACAUCCUGAGUGCAGUGGACUUGGACACAGAUGACCAGAGCCUGACGUACAUCCUAACUACUCCAACAAAUGGCUACAUGAUCAAACUUCCUGAUAUGACCACACCAGUGCUGAGUUUCACGCAGUCUGAUCUGAACAAAGGAGAUAUCAUCUUUAUUCAGUCAGGUUUAAACACUGGCGGAUUUCGUUUCUCGGUCAGUGAUGGGGUCCAUUCCACCAAUCAGCAGAUCUUCAGCAUCACAGCUCGGCCCCUCUUGGUUUCUCUGGAGACCAACACCAGACUGUACGUAGCGCCCAGUUCCAUUGAACCAAUCACAGCAGAGCACCUGAAAGUUGUGACCAAUGAGGAGGAGCCUAAAUCAAACCUGAGCAGGCCAAUCACGUACGUCAUCACAGAGGCUCCCAAGCAUGGCAUCAUUGUUGAGAUCCUGGAUCGAGAUGAGAUUGACAGAGAGAUCCUAAGUUUUGCCCAGAUUUCAACAUUCACACAGGGACAGAUUGACAGAAACAUUGUUGCCUACAAGCAGAUAUUAGAUUCCCCUGUCACGGAAGACCAGUUCACAUUCAGUGUGACAUUACCACUCUCCCAGAAUCUGACUGACCAGAGCUUUGAAAUAUCCAUUGGGGUAAAAGAAGAAACAACAACACAGCCUACAACUCUUAGUCCAACCACAGUUAUGUCAACAACAGAACCAUCUCUUGUCCUGAACUUGGGUAUCGAGGUCCAAGAGGGAGGGACUAUUUCCAUUACAGACAAGCAACUGAACAUUGCAGCUCUGGUUGAGGAUUUUGGAGCCACCGAGUGGGUGUUUGAGUAUAACAUCGUCAGUUUGCCAAGCCAUGGAGUGCUGAAGAAAUCAAACCAAGAUAUCACUGCAUUUUCGACCUUCAGGCAGGACGACCUUGUUGGAGAUGGCAUUCAGUACAUCCAUGAUCACUCUGAGGAGAGACAGGAUUUGUUUAAUUUCACUGUCACUGCAACCACUGUUGGAAAUACCGAGCAGCUGGUGGCCUACUCUGGACAGUUCUUGAUAACCAUUGACCCUAUCAAUGAUCAGCCUCUCAGAGUCCUCACCCGAGCCUUGAGUAUGACCAUCAUCCAAGGCUCUCACAAAAGUCUGACAAUGGAAGUCCUAAAUACUGUAGAUGCAGACAAUCCCCCUGAUGAAAUCAGGUAUGAGCUUCUGAGCAACCCCUCAAAUGGCAAACUUGUCCUGACCUCAGACCAGAGCACUGUAAUUCAGGAGUUCACUCAGCAACAGAUUAAUGAUGGAGAAAUAACUUUUGUACAUGAUGGCGGUGCCGUGUCUGGAGGAUUUCUCUUCCGUCUCACCGAUGGAGCCCGUGUAAAAUCGAAUAAAAUAAAACAGUUCAGUAUCAUUGUGCAACCAGUGACACUAACCGUAACUGUCACAGGAAAUGUAACUCUAAAUCAAGGAAACUCUCUGGUUGUUGUCCCAUCCACAGUACUUAAUGUGACGACCAAUGGUGAUGCUGAUAAGAUCAGGUACAACAUAUCCACUUCGCCUGAGUAUGGAGAGAUUCUCGUCGACAGUGUCGCCAGUACUUCAUUCUCUCAAGCACAGCUGAAUGACGGAAGGGUGCAAUAUUCUCAGACCAACUUUUCCUCAAACAUGGACCUCAUAAAGCUCACAGUGUUUGAUGACUUUAACUUGCCAGAAGAUCUCAACCUGACUGUGGUUGUUAAACCGAUGGUAACCUUGACACUCAUGAACAUAACAACUGGCAAGUCACUUGCUCUGACCCCGGGGUAUCUCAAUGCAACUGAACUUGCAAGCAGUGUUGGCGGAGGGCUUGAAAUUGAAAUAAUGGAAUCACCCAAGAGAGGCCUCGUCCUCAACUCCACAUCCAGUCUUGCCAUUUCGGAAUUUCCAUACUCAGACAUUGUCAGUACGAGGGUGUUGUACAUUGCUGAUUUGCUGAAUCUGGGCGUGAAUGACUCCCUGGAUGACAGUUUUGUCUUUAUACUCCGUGGGAAGAUGGUCCAACCUGUGAUGCUCACCUUUCAAGUAAAGAUUGUACCCCCAAGACUUGUUUCCACCACCAGUGAUGCUCCUUUGACAACAGCUCCUCCUACACCAACACGUAGGAUCAACACCAUAAAUUUUGGCAUCAAUCAUGGUGACCAGAUAUUCCCUUUCACUGAAGAGGUGGCAACUACGGUAGUGCCUAGUGGAAACACCCCUAACGCCAAGUCAUUUCAGCCUUCUGGAUUCAAUCCAAUAUAUAUCAUCAUUCCUGUCAUUGCAAUUAUUAUCUGCAUCAUCCUCGUCUUGCUGGUCCUCAUCUGGAGGUCCCGCAACAAGGGAAAGAAACACAUGUCAGGCCGGGAGAGUCCAUAUCCGGAACCAGAUGUGGGUCCGUACCCAGGUGCUCAGGCUGGUCCCGGGCAGAGUGGUCUUAUGCCCACGGUGCAGGUUGUAGGUGCCUGCCCAGAUCACCACAGCACUGGUUCUCUGAAUGGAACACCCCCGGUCACUCUUAAUCGACCGUUACCCAUUCCGGGUUCCUUUGUUCCCCAGGUUACGGUGACUCCGCUUGGCAAACCCCCGUCACCCAGUUACACAUCAUUUGUAAGCUUGAACUCCAAUGGAACAGUACAUUCUGGUGGCUCAAGCCACAGUACUUCCAAUAAAUGGGAUGCUUACAAGCCAGAAGUGAUAGACCUCUGUCCAGCCCAGAAACCUGCACUUAAAAGGAGCCAGUACUGGGUAUAGCUUUACUUAGCUGUGUAGGUGGUACCUUUAAAUCAGCAGAUUGUGAAUCAUUGCACCUAUAGAAGACACCAUGCGCUUACAUCAAUGAAUCACCAUUUCUCUUGUGUUUACUGGCCGUUGGAAGUCCAUGCACAAAGCCUUGAAAUGCAAGACUCAAAACACGAAUCGUGAACAUUUCAGCAAAGAAAAGUCCUUGACGGCGUGUACCUGUCAAGUGAAAACCUCUGACAAACUGGCUUUAAAGGAAAUCAACAUUCUGUAAAUUAUGUGUAACAUCAGAAGAGAACAUAUUUUUGUGGGUAUUUGUAAUUAGAAAUUCGAAACCAGAAAUUAAGAACAAAAAUAUUCAGAACAGUUUUCUGCCCAAGGUACAUGUAUGUUUUACUUUGAUUGGAUUAGCAGGGAUCAUGUGUCAUAGCAACAAAUCCCACAAUCUCUCAUCAGACAUUAAUUAAGAGACAUAAGGACUCCUUGCAGACUCACAGAGGCAUGCCAUGUGCUUAUUUCUAACACACCUGAUGCACAGAUCGUUAGCUCUCUGCUUAUGUCCCUUGGUUCUGUGCAGCCUGCCAUCCUUGUUUCCGGGCCAUGUUUUAAUUGGACAUUAUGUAGCUGUGUGUUCAUCAUUGGCACAACACAGUGAAUGCUUGUAGCAAAAGCUGUAGAUAACAACUGCUUGCUUCAGACAUGACCCAACAUUGAAGAUGUUGGACCAAAGUGGUUUGUGGGAAUUGUACGAUAGAAGUGAAAACAAUCCACAGAGAAGUAUUUCAUCAUACACAUGUGUACAUGUAGGAACAGGUGUGUAUGCGGUAAGAUUAUGUGUUUCGUCCAGGUUUCAGGGAGGAGCCUUGUAGCACGUUUUGUGCUUCAGACACACUGUCUAUAAAAGAUGUUCUCCUGAAAAGCCUGCCAGCUGUGUUCUAACCAAAAGUGCAUUGCACCAAAUUUUGUUGACGUGCCGGCACAGUCAAUAGGUGUACCAUAGUAGUAAUUGCAUGUCAAAAUCUGUUGUAAGAUGCACUGUGGGUUACACAAAUUGCAUGUGGGUUUGGUGUUGAUGUAAUUAACAGUCGACAAACAUUUGUGAAGUGGGCUUAAAGAUACACAAUUUGAGUCAUCUCUUGUACAUGAAAGAAAUGUAUCAAUUUAGAGAUACAGUAGAAAAUAAUUUCACGUAGAAUAACAUUGGGGGGAUGUGAUACGCCUAAAUAGUUCUUAAAACAAUAUUUUUCUCGUGGGUUAAUAGCAAAGUUUGAGGAGUUACCGUGUAUAUUAACUUCAUCUUCACAUUUAAAGUGACACCAGAUAUUCUGUGAAUGUCAAAUAUCUGUACUGAGUUUUGUGGAAGUGAUGCAAGGUGGUGAUUUAAAAUAUACCCAUAGACUGAUCCAUUAAGCCCCACCCCAUUGUUCUCUGACCAAACUGUGAUUUUAUGUCCAACAAGCGUGCACUGAAGUCCAACAUGUGGGCACGUGCGCAUGAUGUACACAGCUGGAGCAUGUAGUGUGGCAUUGGAGAGUGGGCGGGGCUUACAUCUGUUAAAGUCCCUAUUUUCAGCGGAUACACUGAUUUGUUGCUUCUGUUACGUAAAGAAAUUAUUGUAAGAAAGUGUCAAAAGUGUCUUUUCAAAAUGUCACAAGUUGUUGGAGCCAUGUCUUUAUGUAAGUGGCGUUACACAAAGGUAUCAUAACUAGGGAAUCAUCACCUUCGUAAAUGCAACAUGUUAUUGCUACCUAUUUCUGAUUACAUGUCCUAAAACUGCUUAAUUGUUUUGGUGGUUGAUUUAAAAAAAAAAAUCAAGAUCUGCAGCAUGUUCACUCGGAAGGUUAAUGGUUUACUUUCCUAUUUUCCCCAUACAUAUUUUUACAUUCACUGAAUUGACCAAAUAUGCUUAAAAAGUGUCAGGGGUUGCUGAGGUAGUUUAUUUUAAUCAAAGUAUCAUCACUUUCAUUCCACAGAAAAAAGUACUAUUUAAAGAGAAACAGUUUUACUUCAUUAUGUAUUGAAUGAAGAAAUUAUUUUAUGGGUACAUACAUAGGUACUUCAGAUUUUUUUUACAACCAGGCUUUGUAUUGUUUUCGUACUGUUUAAUGGUUAUCAUGAAUAUGCAUAAUUUUUCAUGCCUUGAUUACCUCAUUGACUUUAUACGGUAUGAUUUUUUGAAAUUUAUCAUAGAUGUAUAUGCCACCUGUGGCUUUCCUUGAUAAGUUAUGUAAAGCUGCAAUGUUAAAGAGGAUGGAAUAGGACACUUUUCAAAAUCAAAUGUUGUGAAAUAAUAAUUUUUAAUGGAGGACCACUUUUUCAGUAAAAUUAUAGCUUAUAGGUUCGCCACAUGUACUGUACCUUGAGCCUUCGAGAGGCCUCGAUUACCAGGAAUGCACUGUCAUCCAGUAUGUUUGUGUUUAGAAUCUUUUCAAGUCAAAGCAAUUGCAGUCUCAAAGAGAUUGACUGAAACUUUUUACCCUUUUUUUUCCCGUUUCCAUCCAGUGAAGUUCUAACAACCAAAUUGGGAUACUUGAAUUUCAGUCUUGAAUUUCUUGUGAAAGCUUCCUUAGAAUAAAUUAAGGAAAGAAGAACAUGUCCGUUUACUUUUUAACCACCAACAUUUUAAGUGGCUUAUGCUGAUGUUUAAACUAUUAUUUGUUGUGAAAAGACUAUGUACUUGUAUAUACCGAAAGGUGCGUUGGCCUUUUGACCCUGAAAUCAGUUCUGUAACCCCCACACAGAAAGAACUAAGCCUUGACAACUGUCUCUCUUGAAGGCAAUUUUUAUCAUUUUUGUAAUGCUUUGUGGAAUAGUGGUUCCGGAAUUUGUUUGAAAAAACAUGCGUUUAUCAGUUUUAAUCUCAUAAAUAUUCAUGAUUACAAAUUUGGGGAUGUUUUUUGUCUAGCAUCGUCCUGAAGAGGAUCACAUUCAACCAAGUCACUCUGUGCAUGUCAGUCUGUUGUAUUAUUAAGAUAUUUAUUGUAUUUUUAACUAUUAUUAUUCACAUCUUAGUUUUAGUCACUGUCGAUUCUCUCUGUAUAAUGAAAAUUAAAGACAUUAUUUAGAGAAUAGAGCAAGUUCCUUGCUCUGUGUGUAGAGCUAGAAAUACCUUGGUUUGCUGAGAAGCACUGUAUUCAACUCAUUCAACAAUAUCACAUGUACCUAUCUUUAAACAACUGAAAUGUUAUUUAUGCUGUAAAUAUGAGAUGUAUCUUUGCUAGAACCUGUUUUUUUCUGUUAGUCUUUGUUUUUAAUAUUAAGGCCAGGAAGGUGGUUUAUGUAAAAUUUAUUGUGUACUUUUGGUGUGCUAUGGAACAAGUAUUCAUGACAGAAGUGCAAACGAUAAUGUGCUGUGGGGGAUUUAUUCAUCUUGGAUAAAGGGCAACUUCAAAGUCUGUGCCCAAAUUCUUGUAAGUAACCUGCUCUCCACAUUUUCCGAAAUUUACAUUUUAAUUAAACCGAAGUUGGGGUAGAUUAUGCUUUGUGUUUCAGUAAACCAUAGGCUGAAAGUUGUGUUUAGUCAUUUUGGGGUUUUUUGGGGUGUUUGUUGGGGUGUUUGUUUGUUUGUUUGUUGGGGUGUUGGGGGUGUUUGUUUGUUUGUUUGUUUGUUUUUGGCUGUUCAUGGAACUUUCUGUCAAGAUCUCUGUUUAAAUGUUGCUACAUGCUAAAUGUUUUUAGGGCCUGUCCUUAUGCCUGAAGUGGCUCCACCUGUUGUGGUAUUUCUGAGCUACCCCUCUGAUCUGAUUGGUCGAUGGAGUCGUGGUGUUGAUUAGAUUACGAAGCACCAUUUGCUUGUAACUGUUUAUUUGGGGUUUUUUUGGUUUGGUCUGCAUUGGUGCUGGUUUUGAUCUGUAAGAUACAAAACAACAGACCGUGCCUUUCAUAGAUCGGAAUUGUUGGUGCUUAUUUUGUGACAACUGUUUUUAUCUUGUAUUGUCUGUGAUUUGUAUUUAUUUUGACAGAUAUGCAAUACUGUCACAGACUUAGUUGCUUUUGUGGAAUAAUGAUACAGAAGUCUCAGUUCUUGUUACUAGGUUUUGUUAACUUUAACGGAAAAGUACCUUUUCGUUUUGUAAGAUAUUGAAAUUGAAGAUGUUUAUUUUUGUCUUUCUUUGUAUUGACUCUCUUGUACUUAUUUUGUACUUAAAAUCAAAAAACAUAAAUGUUUCGGUGAGAUGCUUAAAUGUUAAAUGUUACAUGUAGAUAACUCAGUUUGUUAUAAUUGUGCAUACAGUUCUUUUUUGGAGUGCAUGGUUUCACUAACACUACCCUGUUGCUUGUGCUGGAUCAGAAAUGGCUUAGUAUACAACUGUUUUGUGGCUUGUAGCAUGUUUAAGUGAACAGUAAGCUUCAAAGCAUCAACAUGGCUUCAAAACCUUGUGUCUAUUUCAAGAGUAUUUGCGUAAGCUUUAUUUGUUGUAUUUCAUGUUAUACUCUUUCAUGUGAAAUGGCUGCUGGCUGUACUCAUCAAAUUUCAGAGACAAGUAAGAAAUAUUGUAUUUGUGGCAGAUUUGGUGCAUUUUAUCCGUCUGAAAAGAUAUGUCACAGUAUCAGCUUUAAAACCCUAUGUACUUGUGAUAUAAAGCUUUCACACCCUGUUUAAACAAAUUGGGAACUUAUCCCUCUCGCAAGGCAACCGUAUUGAACAUUCGUAGAAAUAACCAUCAACUUUCCACCCACCUUUAAGAAUACAGCAAACUCUUGAAUCUACCAAACUUGUUGACCCAGUUGACAGAGAUUUAUUUCCUUGGUCCUGAAGAUUCGUUUCCAGUCAGAUGUCUUAACAGAACAGAAAGAUUGAAAACUUUAACUGGUUUAUUCAUAACCCUGCCUUUGAAAGGCCUUUUGUGGACAGAAAUUGCGUAAGGUUCAUAUCCAUUUUUGAUUGACAUUAAACCGAAAGAAGCAGAGGUAAUGUCUCUAUUUAGCUGUACCGAAUGAGAAGUCAUUGUGUAGAUUGCUAGAGUUUAGUAAAACUGUAAAUAAUAUGCAAAGAACAUUUCAAGCUUUUCUGUCACAGAGCAUCGGUGGCAUCUAAUAAAAAUAUUUAUCACUGAAA